CUCCUCCCAGCCUCCUUCCAGGACAAGGACUGCAAGAUCAUCUACAUGGCACGCAACGCCAAGGACGUCGUCGUGUCCUACUACUACUUCUACCAGAUGGUCAAGAUACACCCUGACCCCGGCACGCUGAGCGAGUUCCUGGAGACCUUCAUGUCUGGCAAAGCUGCCUACGGGUCCUGGUAUGACCACGUGCAGGGCUGGUGGGAGAAGAGGCAGGAGAAGCGGCUCCUCUACCUCUUCUACGAGGACAUGAAGAAGGACCCGCGGCAGGAGGUGCAGAAGAUCCUGCAGUUCCUGGGCAAGGAGGUGGCGGAGGAGACGAUGGCAAGGAUCCUCCACCACACCUCCUUCCAGCAGAUGAAGAAGAACCCCGCCGCCAACUACGAGACCAUGCCCACCACUUUAAUGGACCACAGCCUCUCCCCCUUCAUCCCCUUCAUGCGCAAGGGGGGGGUGCAGCCAGCAGCGGAUGGCACCAUCGGGGACUGGAAGAACCACUUCACGGUGGCCCAGAAUGAGUGUUUCAACCAGCACUACCAGCAGCACAUG